AUGCCUCGCUCUGCUCUGGGAAAGAGGACUCGUAACGAUGGAGAUACCAUCGUUGUCGAAACUCCUACAAAAAGAUCUCGUCACCUCGACGCAUAUACUCUCUACAAAGACGACGAAGAGAACCAAGAUCCCCAAAGCACCCCAGAUGCCCAUGACACCAUCAAGAUUGAGGUCGAGCCUGUGGAGGAUGCUCCAAGAAAGAGACAACGAUCGGAAUCACAAGCAUCUCUCAAGAAGAAUCCCGUCACACCAUCCACACCACGACAUCGAGAUGUAUUGUCAGGCUAUCCCACCACACCUCGCCAUGCGGUCAUGUCGGCCGGAAAGCUUUUCAAGCGAUUGACACCAAACUCACCAUUGUCGCCGUCUACCAUCCAGACUGUCUACCACUCCGCACGACAGCUGUUUGCGCGCGGAGCAGAGCCCGGUCAGCUUAUCGGCAGGGAAUCUGAGCGAGAAGAGCUGGCCAAGUUUAUGAAUCGCUGCACCUCAUCAACGCCCGGCGGCUGUCUGUAUGUCAGUGGAGCACCUGGAACCGGCAAGAGCGCUAUGAUUACGGAGAUGACGAGAGAGUAUUUGCAGCGAGAUGGAAUCAAGACGGCAUACAUCAACUGCAUGAGCAUCAAGUCUUCCAAGGAUUUGUACACAACCCUGCUUACGCAGCUCGGAGAGGAUGGUAACGUAGCAGAGAGUGAAGCAAUUUCAGCACUCCAACAGGCAUUUUGCCCCAAAACCAAGUCGUCUACUGCCUAUUUGAUCACUCUGGACGAAAUCGACCAUAUCUUGACUAUGGGCCUGGAGAGCCUCUACCGGGUGUUCGAGUGGUCCCUUCAAAAAUCAUCGCGCCUCUCACUAAUUGGAAUCGCCAACGCUCUGGAUCUGACCGACCGCUUCCUGCCGCGACUCAAGUCGAAGAAUCUGAAGCCAGAUUUGCUCUCAUUCUUACCAUACACGGCCGCUCAAGUCAAAAACAUCAUCACCACGAGACUCAAAUCUCUCAUGCCCCAAGGAGGCAAAGAGGGCUACGUUCCUUUCAUUCACCCAGCAGCCAUUGAGUUGUGUUCACGAAAAGUCUCAAGUCAGACUGGAGAUCUUCGAAGGGCGUUUGAGAUUUGCCGGCGUGCGUUGGACUUGAUCGAGACCGAGACCAGGUCGAAGCAUGAAGAAGAGGCUCGAGAAAAGCUCCUUCAAAUGACGCCUUCUAAGCGACCUUUGGGCGAGAACGUGAAUGGAGUUGCCGGAGCUGGGUCAGCAAGGAACGUUCUGCAGAUCAUGGCGGGGUCCCUUAAAAGUUUGACGGCAGAGACGGCACCCCGAGCAUCGAUAGGACACCUCAAUAAGGUCACCGCUGCUGCCUUUAGCAAUGGCACAACGCAGAGAUUAAAGACGCUGAAUCUGCAACAAAAAGUCGCCCUCUGUGCUCUGGUAGCAUAUGAAAAUAGAAGUCGAGCACUGGUCAAGACAAGCAAUACACCAGCCACACCAUCAAAGUCUCAAUCUCUAGCACCAACCAUCAAGGCUCUGUUCGACACAUACUGUCAGCUGUGCACCCGGGACUCAUUGUUACAUCCGCUCUCCAGCUCGGAAUUCAGGGAGGUUGUUGGCAGCCUGGAGACCCUUGGCCUCAUUAGUGCAGUGGAUGGCAAGAAUGGCAGCUUCACUAUGGCGCAAACUCCUAGCAAGCGUGGGCGAAAGUCAACUGUUGGUAGUGGGGACGAGAAGCGAGUCGCCAGUUGUGCAGGUGAGAAGGAAAUUGAGUCAAUUGCUGACGGACCAGGCGCUGGCAUUUUGCGGAGUAUCCUGACCGGGGAAGCAUUGGAUUAA